AGGUGAGGUCGCUGACCAACAGCGAACGUUCGGAGUUCGUUGCUUAGCGACAUUUGCUCCUCCUUCUAUGUACUGAACUGAACUUCCGGCGUAGAAGAAGACGCUCACGCUGUCAUGGCUGUGGAACAUCAUUUCACUGCUUACCGGUAGAUGCGUUUUCGUGCUAUGAAUGCAACCCGCAUACUCCGGCACCGGUCUGUCAACAUUAAAAGAGCAAGCAUGAGUAGCCUGGAUCAAGACCAGCGUCUCCAUCCUAGUUGCCGUGACAAAACAACAGUCUCCAGUGAUUCAUCAGAUGCUUGUGAACUUGCCAAGGAGCCUCUCCAAGGUCUAAAAUUGGCAUCACAUGAAGUACUGAAGAAAGCGCAGCAGAGAGGCAGGUUGAAGUGCUCUAAAUGUGGGGGAUCAAGGAUGUUCUUCUGCUACACAUGCUGUUCAUUAGUGGGUGUCACCCAGCAAGAGAUCCCUUUAAUCAAGCUUCCUGUGAAGAUAGACAUCAUCAAGCAUCCAAAUGAGACGGAUGGAAAGAGCACUGCGAUCCAUGCCAAGGUUCUCGCACCCAGCGAUGUCACCAUAUACAUACCCUGCAUACCUGACUAUGAGAACGACAAGGUGGUGCUUGUGUUCCCUGGUCCUGAGGCUGUCUCAGAAGACAUGAUGCAGUGUCUGUAUGACAGGUUACCUGACUCUUCCGAUGAACCCUGCAUAAAAAGGCUAAAAAAAGAGGAAGGUCAAGGAACCCACAACAUUCCUGAUUCAGGGACCCCAGAUGAAACAAAGGGCUCUGAGUCAAGGGUAUAUCCUCUCCAGAGGGUGGUCUUCAUUGACAGCACAUGGAACCAGACUAACAAGAUCAGCACAGAUGAGAGACUGCAAGGUUUCGUGCGGGUAGAGCUGAAGACGAGGAAAACCUGUUUCUGGCGCCAUCAGAAGGGCAAACCAGACACCUACCUGGCAAAUGAGGCUAUUUAUUAUUUCCUCAAGGACUACCAUGAGCUUUUCCUUACUCAGGAGUACAAAGGAGAAUAUGAUAACAUUCUCUUCUUCUACUCCUACCUGCACUCAGUUGUCAACACAGCUAAAAGUCUGCAGGGAAAUGCUGAGAGGACAGACUGGAAUCAGCUACAAGAGACUGAUAUGAGCUGUAGCUGAAGAGUUGAUUCACAUGCAGUCCCUAUUGUUUCUGGGUUUAUUUUAUGCUGAAGGGUAUUUGUUUUCUGAGGGAUACUGUGACUGUGAUCUGUUUGUACUUGAACAUGCAAUAAACAUGAUUUUCAAUAGAUUUAA